AUGGCUACUACUCAUUUAGAUACUAGAAAAGUUGAAUUUGCUCAACAUGAAAAUGACACGGAUAACAGAACCUAUAGGACUGGAUCUGUUAAUGAUAAAGAACAACGUGUUAGUCGUUUUCGACGUUUAACUACAGGAAGUCUUCGUUAUAAGAAUCGAGUCAAUCAAAUGCCGACAACAACAACAACAGCAACAACAACAUCAACUACAAAAACUAAUUUCACUGAACCUGUACAUCAUAGUAUAGAUCCAUUAGAGGCAUUUUUUAAUUCAGAUACUGAAAUAAGUGAUUCAGGUGUACCACGAUUAAAUGAUACCUCGUAUUUAAAUAAUGCACGCCGACCUAAACGUUAUAGACGUUCUGGACGUUCACCGUAUGAAACACCUAAUUAUUCCACAGCAUUAGGACCAUUAAGAGAAAAGCAUAAAUUAACACCGCUGGAGAGAAUAUUUUUAGAAGCUGCAGAACGUGGAGACAAAUCAACGCUAAUUCGAUGUUUAUCAUUUUCAAAUAGUGUUAAUGUAAAUUGUGUUAAUAUACUGGGUCGUACAGCUAUACAAAUUGCUGUGGAUAAUGAAAAUACUGAAUUAGUUGAACUUUUACUUGAUCAGCCUGGUAUCGAAAUUGGUGAUGCAAUAUUAUAUGCUAUUCAAGAGGGUGUAUAUCGAAUAGUAGAAAUGCUUAUUGAUCAUCCAUCGAUUACUAAAGAAAUGUUAGGUACAUCAUGGACAACACAAUGUAUUGGAAUUGGUAAACGUGAAGAAGAAAGUCAUGAUUUUCCUGCGGAUAUAUCCCCUGUUAUGUUAGCAGCUAUUUGUAAUCAAUUUGAAAUCUUACAAUUGCUGAUUAAUCGUGGUGCAAGAAUUGAAGAACCGCAUAAGUCAUCAUGUUCUUGUGAACAUUGUCAUCGUUUACUCUCUGAUGAUCCUCUAAAGCAUACCCUUCAACGAAUUAACACGUAUAGAGCUCUUGCUAGUCCAGCAUGGAUAUCGUUGACCUCACCAGAUCCAAUAUUAACAGCCUUUGAAUUAUCCUCAGAGCUAUUACACUUAGCAUCACGUGAAAAUGAAUUCAAGGAGACAUUUCUUUCAUUGUGUGAACAGUGUAGAAAGUAUGCUUGUGAUUUGUUGGAUUUAUGUCGGGGGACUGGAGAAGUUGUCGCUGUACUCAGCAAGGGGACUGACAGUGAUGAAAGUUGUAGUGAUGCUAGUAGUGAUGAGUCAGAUGAUAAUCAAACAGCAGGGAAAAUGCAUAAUCUAACUGUACCGUCGAAUCAUAUAUCUACACCAUGCUACUCUCCCAACUGUCAUUGUCAUCAAACCAACAGCGAUAAUGGGAAUAUGCCAAUUUGCAAUCAAUCUGAUGAGACUGAAAAUGAUUGGCGUGAAUUGUUGGAGAGAUCAAAUUUUUCUAGAAAACGACAUCAUCGAAGGUGUACAGCAUGGAAUCAUCCUACGUAUUCUUGUUCAAAAUUUAAUCAAGCAUUAAGUAUAGAAAGUCAGCAUAGUAUUUGUGAUGAUUCAGCUAGUACUACAAAUCUUCACCCAUCAACAAGUAAAAGUGAACGUUUGAAUUAUUCAGAUAAUUCUAUGAAUUAUAGUGAACACCUACAAUUACCAGUUGAUCAAACUACAUCGUAUACGCUAGCUAAGUUACCAUCAUUUGUUACAAGAGAUUUUAAAGAUUCACAUACACACUUUAACCCUAAUAACAAUAAUGAUGAAAUUCAUAAGUUAAAUAAUACUUCAAGAAAACGGAUUUCUAAUGAAGAUUGUUUACCAACAAUAUUGAAUACAUCUGAAGGUUGUUCAUCAAUAUUUUUUGAACGUAAAAGAAAUAGUUUUGACUGGGAAUCACCAACAAGUGGUUUUAAUCAACGUCUACCUUCUAAUACAGUUAUAAACACUUCUCAAUCAAAACAUGAAUUAUAUGAACGUAACAGUUUUAAUAAUAAUAGUAAUAAUAAUAAUAGUAAUAGUAAUAAUCAAAAUAAGAUAGUUCGUUGUUGUUAUCAAUGUUGUUGUCUGCCAUCUUGUCGAUGUCGUCUGUGCUCAAAGACAUCAGCAACAACAGAAAGGGAUAUAAAUUUAAAUCGUAAUAUUGCUACUACUAAUACUACUACAACGACAGUGAGACGAUUUGAUUGUGAUACACAUGAACCUACAGAAUUAAAUUGUAUAAAACAACAAAGGAAAUUUUAUUCAUUCAAAUUAGACAGAUUGAAGUUAGCAAUUAAACAUGAACAGAAAAAAUUUGUUGCUCAUCCACAUUGUCAACAUCUUCUAACAACACUUUGGUAUGAUCAACUGCCUGGUUGGCGUAAACGUCAUCCAUUUACAAAAUUAUUUCUCUGCUUCUGUUUUAUUAUUGCAUUACCAGUAUUAGCUCCAACGUAUUUAAUUCAUCCGCAUGGAUGUGUCGGUCAACUGAUGAGAAGUCCAUUAAUCAAAUUUAUUAAUCAUAGUGCAUCAUUUGCAAUAUUUAUAUUUCUUCUAUUGAUUGCAUCAACUGACACACUGACACAAACUGAUUUACAAAUUCGUAGUGAAAUUCGUGGACCAGAUCCUAAUGUGAUUGAAAUGUUAAUAUUAUGGUGGGUUAUAGGAUUUGUAUGGAGUGAAAUGAAGCAAAUCUGGGAAGAAGGCCUUAAAGCUUACGUUCGUCAAUGGUGGAAUUGGCUAGAUUUUUUAAUGCUUGGACUUUAUUUAACUACUGUUGCACUUCGUGUAGUCGCAGUACUCUUGCGUAAAACUAACCAAUAUGGAACAGAAUCAUUACCACGGAAUCAAUGGCCGCCAACUGAUCCAACUUUACUUAGUGAAGCUCUGUUUUCUAUUGCACAUAUAUUUAGUUUUGCAAGAAUUAUAUUUCUUUUUCAGAUUAAUGAACAUCUUGGACCAUUACAAAUUUCACUUGGAAAUAUGCUAAUUGAUAUAACAAAAUUCAUUUUUAUAUUUUUAUUAGUCAUUUCAUCUUUUGCUUGUGGUUUACAUCAGCUGUAUUAUUAUUAUCUAUCGAAUGAUGAAGAUAACAGGCCACGUGCAUUCAGUUCACUUGUCAGUUCAUAUCGUACCUUAUUCUGGCAUUUAUUUGGAAGUAGUCAAGGUGGUAACUUUGAAGUGACUUUUGUGAAUAAGACAAGUGGUGAACGUGAACGUAUGGAAUCAGCAAGGAAUACAAUGGUUGUAGGCGAAAUUCUAUUAUUAAUCUAUCAUGCAAUGGCUAUAAUUGUUCUAGUCAAUAUGUUAAUUGCUAUGAUGUCAAAUUCUUUUCAAACAAUUCAGAAUCAUGCAGAUACUGAAUGGAAAUUUGCAAGAAGUAAACUCUGGGUUGGUUAUUUUGACGAAGGAUCAACGCUUCCUCCACCGUUGAACACAAUUAUUAGUCCAAAGUCAAUUAUUCGAUUUUUAUGCGGAAUAUACCACUUGAUUGUUCUCCUGAUAAAAUCAUGUCGAAACUGUAAACUACAAACCAGCGAUAGUAAUCACAGUGGGGGGAAUCAUAGACAAAAUAUAGAAUUUCAUAAAGAGACAAAAUUAAGCUCUAUGAAUAGUCAAUCUAGCCAAAAAUCAAGUCAACUUGAAUGGGAUAUUGAAAUACAAGAGACAGGUAGAACACAAGAAACACUUCCAAAUACAAAUGUAAUGAAUAAACAGAAACAUCAUUCCAUGAAAGAAAUCAAGCAGAGCAAACGAAAAACUUAUUAUCAGACAGUUAUGCGACGACUUGUCAGAAGAUAUAUACACCAAUCAAAGAAAACAAUGCGACAAGAUGGUGUGAAUGAAGAUGAUCUCUUAGAAAUUAAACAGGAUAUAUCCAGUUUAAGAUUUGAAUUACGCGAAGAUAGAAAACGUGAAAUUGUACGUGCUGUAUGCCAGUUGGAAACUUUAAAACAAGAACUUGUUGAUGAGCUGGGUAAACAGAGUACAAUUUUACAAAAUGCUACAAUACACCCACAAACAUCACAAACAACACUGCCAACAACAUCGAUAGUACAAACAUCAAUGAUAAUACCAUCUACAUCCUCAUCAACAUAUCCUAAAGUUGAUGAUUUAACCGAUUAUCGAAGGAAACUUUACAAAACAAAGCCAUCAAUACCAACUUCUGUAAUAGACUCAAGUGACCAGGCAAAUAUACACUAUAGUACGAAAAAUGUUAACACGGGUCAACAACAACUACACCACCUUCAAUCCACAUCAAGUGACUCAAAGAUUAAAGAAGGUGGUCGGAAGAAAUAUUCAUUAAAUUAUGAUAAAGAGCCAAAAGAUAUCUAUAAAGAUCUUAUGCAGCUCGCGUCAAUCAAUGAUAUACCAAUUGAUGUAUUAAAAUUAAAUGAACGGAAUAAUAGAAUAGCUACUAAAGGGUUAUAUAUUGAUGAUUGGAAUCAAUUUAAAAAUGAAAUGAAAAAUGAACUAAAAGAAGAAUUAUCUGCACUACUUAAUAAUAGAUCAGUAGUAUUAGAUAACCAACAGUUAAAUAAUAACACUAGUAAUAGCAGUAAUAAUAAUAGCAGUUAUCAGAAUGUAUCUUCAAUACCAAAUGAAAAUCGAUCAAAUAUCAUUCAGUCUACAAAUCAGACGAAAUAUUCUAGUAGAAAAACGUCAGCUAGUGUAAACACUACCCACUCUACUAAUAUAUUACGUAAGUAUUCAAAACAAAGUGAUUCCAGUGUUAAUCCUAAUAAUAAUAACAGAGUGAAUAAUAAUAAUAAUAAUGAUCGUUUAAAAUUACUACAUACAAGAUAUUCAGAGAAUGUAAUUAUUGAUUUAGCGUCAUCAACACCAGUGACAGGUGUCUCCGGUUGUUCAACAUCAGUAUUACCGGGAUUAAAGACACCAGAGGGCAUAGUGUCAACUACUCCAAUGGAUACAAUGAUGUCAUCAUCAACAUCAGGAUUACAUGAUAAAUUUACAUCAUCAAGUCAUGAAAAUAAUGCGAUGAAAAGCAUAAUGAAUACAUCAACACAAUCGACUAUUUUGAGUGCUGGUGGUAGUGGUGGGAGUAGCGGAAGUAUGAAUAGCCGACCAAGAAGACAAAUAAUUGAUUUGGUGAGUCAUGAACAAAAAAGCAUAAAUAUGCCUGAAAAUUAUGCUACAUUCUCUGAAAAUGUUGAAAAAAAUGACUGAAAUCUAUGAGAUUGAAAAAGAAAAAAAAAGAAAUUCAUAGCAGAGGAGAACUAUUGAUUUGCUUUCUUCGUUUCUUCCUUCCAUUCUUCUUCCUCCCCUCAGUGUAUUGUUUGUUUGCAUUUUUUUUUACUUAUUAGAGGUACUUUGGGUUGGUUUGAUCCUUUUUUUUGGUUUUCUCCUUGACUGGCAAUAAUGUCACUCACUCACUCACACAAUCACUGACGUACUCAUUGACUAAUUCAAGAUGUCGGAUACUUCAAAAUAAAGCAUAUAUAUACAUAUACAUACAUUUGGGACUGUAAAUUACCUUUCUAAACAGUACUACUGUAAAUCCCAUCUAUGAUCGCAUGUAUACAAAAACAUUGUUAUUACUAUUACUAUUACGAUUACCAUUAUUAUUAUUAUUAUUAUUAU